UCGCGCUAGCUAUAUUCUCUCCAAAGUACACAGAGUCAAACUGGUGCUUGAAGGAGCUUGUGAAGAUAAAUGAAAGAAUGGAGCAAAGCAAGCUCGUAGUGAUUCCAAUCUUCUACAAAGUGGAGCCUGUCACUGUCAAAGAACUCAAGGGAGAGUUCGGUGAUAAGUUUAGAGAGCUGGUAAAGUCUAUUGACAAGAAGACAAAGAAAAAAUGGAAGGAGGCAUUAAAAUCUGUUCCUCUCUCGAUGGGUUUCGUGUUAACGGAGAAAAGUGAUGAGGACGAGACGAUCGUAAGAAUUGUCAAGGAGGUCAAGAGAGUGCUAAGCAGACUUGCACGGGCUUUUCCUAAUGCCAGAGAAUGUAGUAGACCAUCACUUCAAAGAGACAAGAAGAGUCAUGAAAGCUCUUGGGGAAUCGAACACCGACUUGAGCAACUAGAAGAAAAGUUAUGCUUUGGGUUCGAGGAAUCAACUCGUACUAUUGGUGUAGUUGGGAUGCCUGGCAUUGGUAAAACCACUCUCACUAGGAAGCUAUACGAACAGCUGAAUAACGGAUUCUUGAGCCACGUGUUAAUAGAAGAUAUACAUGAAAUUUCAAAGGAGUGCGGCUUGAGUUACUUGCCCAAAAUACUAUUGGAUGGUUUAUUGAUUGACAAGAAUCCUAACGCUGAGGCUGUCCAAGCUGCGCAUGAAGCUUACAAGGAAAAGCUACUCGAAACUAAAGUGUUUGUUGUCCUCGACAAUGUUAGUAGCAAGGAACAAAUCAAUGCUCUUCUCGGCAAACGCGAUUGGAUUAAGCGAGGAAGCAAGAUUGUCAUUGCAACAAGCGAUAAGUCGUUGAUACAAAACUUGGUCGAUGAUACUUUUGAGGUCCCUCGCUUAAGCGACAGAGACGCCUUACAACACUUUAUUCAUUAUGCAUUUGAUCAUCAAGCAGAAGAUGAUGCUCUUGAGCGAGGAAAGUUCUCGAAGCUCUCGAAUGAUUUCGUGCACUACACCAAAGGAAAUCCACUAGCUCUGAAGAUAUUGGGCGCAGAACUUUUAGGAAAAGACAAGACUCAUUGGGAAUCAAAGCUAGCUGCGUUGACUCAACACCAUAAAAGCCCACCAGGACAGAGCACAAGCAAGAUGCUUCACAAUUUAUGGAAAGGAAGCUAUGAUGGAUUGCGUCAACAUCAGAAAGAUACUCUUCUCGACGUGGCAUGCUUCAAGUCGCUAGAAGAUAAUUACGUAACGAGUUUAUUGGAUUCAGAUGGCGCCAAUAAUGAAAUAGACGCUCUUGUGAACAAGUUCAUGAUUAAUAUAUAUGCUGGCAAAGUAGAGAUGCAUGAUACGUUAUAUAUACUCUCCAAGGAGCUUGGUCGAGAAGCUACGGCUACUGAUGGAAAAGGGCGGCAUAGGUUGUGGCACCAUCACGCGAUAACUACUUUGUUGGAGAAAAAUAAGGGAGAUGCUAAUGUCAGAUCUAUAUUUCUUGACUUGGCUGAUAUAAAAAGGAAAAUGAGCUUCCACAGCAAUGCCUUUGCCAAGAUGAGUGAUCUAAGAUAUCUCAAAAUCUUCAGCACUCAUUGUCCUCAAGAAUGUGAACGUGACAUUAAACUAAACUUCCCCGACGGACUCAAGCUACCAUUGAAUGAGUUGCGAUGUCUCCACUGGUUGAAAUUCCCACGGAAAGAAGUUCCACAAGAUUUCAACCCUCUUAAUUUGGUUGACCUUAAGCUUCCUCACAGCAACAUUGAACGAGUUUGGGAGAAUAAUAAGGCUGCCCCAAAACUAAAAUGGGUCGACUUGAGUCACUCAAGGAAGUUGAUCACUUUGUCAGGGUUAGGAAAGGCUCCAAAUAUUCACGAACUAAAUCUUGAAGGCUGCACGGCAUUGAAAAUGUUGCAUGUGGUGGACAUGGAAAACAUGAAGUGUCUUGUUUUCUUGAACCUGAGGGGAUGCACAAGUCUUGAGUCUCUUCCACGGAUUAAUUUGAUCGCUUUGAAGAUUCUCAUACUAAGCGACUGCUCAAAUUUCAAAACCUUUCAAGUUAUUUCGGAUCAGCUUGAAGCUUUAUACAUGGAUGGCACUGCAAUAAAAGAACUUCCUUGCGACAUACGGAACCUCCAGAGACUUGUCUUAUUGAACAUGAAACGUUGCAAGAAGUUAAAAAGGCUCCCUGACAGUCUUGUUGAGCUGAAAGCCCUUGAAGAGCUCCUACUUUCUGGUUGUUCAAAGCUCAAAGAAUUCCCACAAAAUGGGAAAAACUUGAGCCGUUUAGAGAUUUUGCUUUUGGAUGAGACUGCCAUUGAAAAGAUUCCAACGAUAUUCUCAGUGCGGCGUUUAUGCUUAAGCAAGAAUAAUAAACUCACCGUACUUCUGGAUCUAAUCAAUCAUUGUCCUAAACUGCAAUGGCUUGAUCUGAAGCACUGUGAGAAUCUUACACAUGUUCCUCAGCUUCCACCAACUCUUCAGUGUUUAGAUGUACGUGGCUGCAGCUCACUGAAAACAAUUGCUAAACCACUGGUGUGUUCUAUGCCGACGGAGCAGAUCCAUUCUAAGUUCAUUUUCACUCACUGCAAGAAACUGGAACAAGCUGCAAAGGAGGAAAUUGCAGUCUAUGCUAAACAGAAGUGUCAGUUGCUAUCAAGUGCACUCAAACGAUGCAACGGGGGUUUUGCUCCUGAGAUUUUGUUUGACACUAGCUUUCCUGGAUGUGAAAUACCUUCAUGGGUUUGUCACGACGCAAUUGGAUCUCUGGUGGAGUUUGAAUUACCUCCUCACUGGAACCACAACAGGCUUUCAGGGAUAGUCCUAUGUGUUGUUGUCUCACUCAAGAACUCUCAAAAUCAUGCCAACUUGAUGGUCAAAUUCUCUUGUGAGCAAAAAUCCGGAGAGUGCAUUACUUGGAAGGUUGGUAAUUUGAUCGAACAAGACAAAGAGGUAGACAGAGUUGGGUCAGAUCAUGUCUUUAUUGGCUACACCAACUGUCUAGACUUCAUAAAACUUCUUGAAGACCAGGUUCCGCGUAAAUGUGCUGCGACAAAGGCAUCCCUUGAGUUUAGCGUGACAAUUGGUAUUGGUGAGGAAGCUAGGUUUGAAGUUUUGAGAUCCGGUUUCAGUUUUGUGUUUGAACCUGAAGAGAUCAAAGUUCCAGUCCCAAGAAAUGAAGAUGUCAAAGGUAAGAGUAAAACUAACGGAACUUCAAGUGCUAAUGGUUGUUUGAAGGAUCAACCAAAUGGAGAUGAAUCUCCAAAGGGCCACUUUGAGACUUGCAUUGAAAGUUACAUCACAUGUGAAGCACAUUCUUCCUAAACCAACUGGUUUUGAUUUCAUUCUUUUGUAUUAGAGGCAUCUGCUUUCUAUCCAAAAUGAUCUUUCAGAUUAUCUCUGCUUUCAAACCAUUUACUCAUUGAACUCUUUGUAUUGGUAUA